CUCACGGAGGACGCGUGAGAUCGAACGCAGUCAGUAGGGCGACGGGAGUACCGGGGUACUCUGCCCGUCGCGUAUUUCCAAUCGCCUUUAUACUUCACCACACCGCACUAUAGUGACAUAGUUCCUUACAUAACUAAAACAGUGAUGUGAUACUUCAUCUAAUACAACACUAAUAUUAGAUUCCUUAUAAGGAUCACUCGUGAGAAAAAACCGUACAGGUUGUCGUCCUUGCAUUCUAUAAUUAGUUUUUUUUGUACAAUACAAUACACAUUACAUGUAUUCUUCGUAGUUUUACCUGUUCAAAUUUAUAAAGAUAAGAAAUGUCUCGGAGAAGGUUGUUAGUGGGCGGAGCCGCUGGCGUCGCGGGCGCAGCGCUCGCCGCGUGGACGCUAGCAGCUGACGACUCGCCAGGACAAUGGUACAGACCGACAGUGUCAGCGAAAACAGAACGCAAGAAGCGUCCCCUGCCGUCCAGAGCAGAACAAGUGGCGAACCUGCAAGCUGGCCACACUUAUGACAUCCUCAUCAUCGGCGGAGGCGCCACUGGGGCAGGAUGUGCACUAGAUGCCACCACCAGAGGACUCCGCACCGCCUUAGUAGAAGCAGACGACUUCGCCAGCGGCACAUCUAGUCGAAGCACGAAGCUAAUCCACGGCGGAGUGCGCUACCUUCAGAAAGCCAUCAUGGGUCUGGACUAUGACCAGUACAAGAUGGUCAAGGAAGCCCUUCACGAGAGAGCAAACAUGCUAGAAGUAGCGCCACACUUGACAAGGCCGUUGCCAAUCUUGCUGCCAGUAUACAAAUGGUGGCAAGUCCCCUACUACUGGUUCGGCAUCAAGAUGUACGACUUAGUCGCUGGGGACCGCAACGUGAAAAACUCGUACUACCUAUCCAAGAAAAACACCUUGGAACUGUUCCCCAUGUUGAAAUCUGAUAAUCUUUGUGGCGGUAUUGUGUAUUAUGACGGCCAGCAAGACGACGCGCGUAUGAACCUCGCGAUAGCUCUCACAGCGGCACGGCACGGCGCCACCAUCGCCAACCACGUCAGCGUCACCAAGCUCUACAAGACUGGCGGCAAGCUCAGUGGCGCUAGAAUGCGGGACGAGAUGACGGGCAAAGAAUGGGACGUGAAAGCCAAGUGCAUCAUCAACGCGACCGGACCGUUCACGGAUAGCAUCCGCAAGAUGGACGACGCCAACAUCAAGGAGAUCUGCUGCCCAUCGUCUGGUGUACACAUCGUGCUGCCUGGAUACUACAGUCCUGAACACAUGGGUCUGCUGGACCCGGCGACAUCGGACGGGCGCGUCAUCUUCUUCUUGCCCUGGCUGAAGGGCACCAUCGCAGGCACCACCGACCUGCCGUGCCAGGUCACGCACAACCCCAAGCCUACUGAAGACGAGAUUCUAUUCAUCCUACAGGAGGUCAAGAACUAUCUCAACCCGGAUGUUGAAGUCCGACGCGGUGACGUCCUGUCAGCCUGGUCGGGCAUCAGGCCGCUAGUGUCGGACCCCAACAAGCCCGACACGCAGUCGCUAGCCCGCAACCACAUCGUCCACGUAUCGCAAUCGGGACUCGUCACCAUCGCCGGCGGCAAGUGGACCACCUACCGCUCCAUGGCGAUGGAGACCGUCGACGCUGCUAUUGAAAGCGCGAGUCUGAAACCCCUGUUCCGCGAAUGCCAAACCGACGGGUUCCUGAUCGAAGGUGCCCACGGCUGGACGCCCACCAUGUACAUUAGAUUAGUGCAGGACUUCGGCCUGGAAAUGGAAGUCGCGCAACACUUGGCCAAGUCGUACGGCGACCGCGCGUUCGCGGUAGCCAAGAUGGCGGCCAUGACCGGCAAGCGGUGGCCCAUCAUCGGCAAGAAGGUGCAUCCCGAGUUCCCUUACAUCGAUGCUGAGAUUCGGUAUGGUGUUCGGGAAUAUGCGUGCACAGCUGUAGACAUGAUCGCGCGGCGCUUGCGUCUGGCCUUCCUCAACGUGCAGGCUGCGUCCGAAGCGUUGCCCGCUAUCGCUGAUAUUAUGGCCGAGGAGCUCAAGUGGAGCGACGCAGAGAAAGCCAGACAAAUCAAAAUGGCGAAUGACUUCCUAGCAGCCGAGAUGGGCCAGAUGGUGAACCGGGCCAGCCGCGACAAGAUCCCCAUCAACCUGUCCAAGGACGAAAUCCAGACCUACAUCAAACGCUUCCAGAUCAUCGACAAGGACAGGAAGGGAUACGUCUCUAUCAACGACAUCAGGAGAAGUCUUAAGAACUACGGCGAGGAGGUGACCGGUGAACAGUUGCACGAAAUUCUGAAAGAGAUCGACACUAACAUGAACGGCCAAGUCGAACUCGACGAAUACCUACAGAUGAUGUCAGCCAUCAAGUCCGGGCACGUGGCGUACUCGCGGUUUGCUCGCAUGGCGGAAAUGGAGGAGGAGCAUCAUGAGAAGGAGAUCCUCAAGAAGAAAAUCACCGUUGAGAGGAGCGGCGGCGGCUUGUAAGCUCGAUGAAAGAAAACGACAACACAUCGCAACAAUUAGGUUUAAGCAAAUAACCCUAAGUAUUAUUUUCUCAAUCAUAAUAUGAAGUAUCAUCUUCGUCAUAAUAUCAUAGUUCGUCCACAAAUAAAAUGAUAUUUAUACAGGGUGUUAGGUAAAUGGGUAUAUGAGCCGACACUAGCCCAUGUUAACAUGGUCAUAUAAAUGGUAUGAUGAAGUCAGAAAAUUGAUAUCUUCAUUUUAAUUAUUUUAAUUUUCAUACAAAUCGGAUUUUAUAAAAAAUAUUUUGUAUGAAAAUUAAAAAAAAAUAAAAUGAUGAUAUCAAAUUUCUGACUUCACCAUACCAUUUAUAUGCCCAUGUUAACAUGGGCUAGUGUCGGCUCAUAUACCCAUUUACCUAACACCCUGUAGAUCAAUCAAAGAAAGACAUUGUUUGUUUCGGAAUUUUUUAUUUGUUAUAAAAUUAAAUGUAAGCUUUACAAAUCUGAAAAUCAUACAACUUUAAGAAUAUCUCAUUAAACACAAAUAGUUGUAUUAUUAGAAAUUAUUUAUUUGUAACUUAUUUUUGACAUUAUAUUUUAAUUUAAGAUCAAAUGAUUUGAUAGCAUUGUGAUUUACGUUCUUGCAACGUUAAGAAUUUAUUUACGAAAUGUUGGUUCUUUUUAUCAUUAAAUAAUUUCAAUUUACACGUCAAUGUUAUACUAUGCCUUGUAUACCCUCGAUAUACAACAGCAGAAUAGAUUUGGGACUUCAUAAAAACACAACUUCAUUUUUUUAUUCUUUCCUCUUUCACUAUUCCUUAACAAUAGUGAAUAUUAUUAUUUUUACUUCAUGUGAUCAAAGCGAUUUUUGUUAUGGUAUACAAGGUAAUAAGUACAUACAUUUAAUAUUUUACUAAAAACUUUUGGAAACUAUACACCUUGUGUUUAUUGCAAUAAAUCAGUUAUGUAAUUUAA